AUGGAAGAAGCCGUUGUUGGAGACGAAAUAGACUCGGUUAUCAACACUCCACACCGACGACGAAAAGUUGAAGAAAGAGGCACGGACAGACGAAGCGGUGAGAGAGGGAGAGAAAGAAAUGACGUCAUCAACACCGAAAAAUCAAGCACAACAACGAACAAUAAUCAUCAAAGAGUACAAGAUGGAGGAGGAUGUAGAUUAGGAUUGAGGGGCUGGAGAAGAAGAUGUCUCUACGCGCUGCUGUUGUUCCUGACAGCGACAGUUACUCUUAACCUUGCACUCACGCUCUUCUUCAUGAGGGUCUUGGAUUUUUCUACGACAGGUUUAGGUGCACUUCAAAUAGUGAAAGGCGGUCUAGUGGCCACGUCUCCCGUCCACAUGAUGGACACUCUUGUAGCCACGCAUCUGUCCUCCAGACGCCACCUGCCACUAACGUUACUGGCCGCCGAUAACGUGACCAUAGCAGCGCUGGACGAGAACAGCAACGUUCGUAGCUCUAUGAUGCUGGGAGCGGACAAAUUGUCGUGCAUCACGGACGCCUUGGUCGUGAGAGACCCGCGCGGACACCUUCUCUUCUCGGCGUCCAGAGACGAAGUGGUGGUGGGGGCCCGCAGGCUGGUGGUCGCCGGCGAAGGCGGCGCAGCGUUCAGCGGCUCGGUGCAGACCAGCCACGUGUCGGCGCCGGUGGGCAAGUCGCUGCUGCUGGAGUCCACGACGCGGGCGCUGGAGGUGGCGGCUCCUCAGGGCGUCACGGUCGAGAGUCGCGCUGGGGGCAUCUCCGCCCACUGCUUGGGGGACCUUACCCUGCAGUCUACUGGUGGGGUGAUCAAACUUGCAACCAGCAAAGUGGUGGUACGCGGCCUACCGACAAGUACUGUUCAAAAUUUCGACCCAGAUCUGGUGGGACCAGAUGUGUACCAAGUUUGCGUAUGCAGCGGAGGUCGAAUUUUUCUCGCCUCUCCAGGGGGCGUUUGUGCAGCGGACCACAAUUUUUGUAAAUGACCGAGUUUCUAGGUCUCUAAUUAAUACAUGUUAGAUACAAUUUAGGAUAUAUAUUGUUAAAUAGAUUGUUUUAUGUGCAAAUAGGCACUAAAAUGGAAUGUAGUAAAUAUUCCAAAGCCAUUUAUAAAUAUCUAAAAAAAUCUUUUCAAUAAUUAUG